AUGGCCAAGAAUGGUGAAAGUCUCAGCCCCCCAAGCUCCCAGGACAGUGCCACCACUGCCAAAGGUGCCGGCCCCCCUGCCACCGCUGCCUCCACAGAACCCAACAUCACAAAAGUCACCCUGAAGACCCUGAAGAAGGAGUACUUCACAGUGUCCAAGAAUAAUCAAGAUACUUUAAGUCAGCAUGGAAUUCACAAUGGACUUAUUGUUCACCUCGUCAUCAAAACACAAAACAGACCUCAGAAUCAUUCAGCUCAGCAAAAACACACCAGUGGAAGCAGUGCUACCACAUCAUCGGCUCCUAAUAGUAACUCCACAUUUGGUUCUGCUGCUAGCAACCUUUUUGGUUUAGGUGGCCUUAGAGGACUUGCAGGUCUGAGUAGCUUGGGUUUGAAUAGUACCAACUUCUUUGAACUACAAAGCCAGGUGCAGCAGCAACUUGUGUCCAGUCCUGAAAUAAUGGUCCAGAUCACGGAGAAUCCCUCUGUCCAGAGCAUGCUUUCAAAUCCUGACCUGAUGAGGCAGUUAAUUAUGGCCAAUCCACAAAUGCAGCAGUUGAUACAGAGAAAUCCAGAAAGUAAUUAUAUGUUGAAUAAUCCAGAUAUUAUGAGACAAACAUUGGAACUUGCCAAGAAUCCAGCAAUGAUGCAGGAAAUAAUGAGAAACCAGGACCGAGCCUUAACCAACCUAGGAAGCAUCCCAGGAUACUACAAUGCUUUAUGGUGCACGUACCCAGAUAUUCAGGAACUAAUGCUGAGUGCUGCACAAGAACAGUUUGGUGGUAAUCCAUUUGCUUCCUUAGUGAGCAAUAUAUCCUCAGGUGAAGGUAGUUAACCUUCCCGUACAGAAUAUAGAGAUCGAUUACCCAAAACGUGGGCUCCACAGGCUUCUCAGAAUUCAUCAGCUUCUGAGGGAGGCACUCAGAAGUGCCUGGGAGGCACUAGUGGUAGUGCUGUCAGUGGCACUGCUGGGCAGAGUUCUGUGCCAAAUUUGGGGCCUGGAGUAAGAGCUAGUAUGUUCAACACACCAGGAAUGCAGAGCUUGUUGCAACAAAUAACUGAAAACUCACAACUUAUGCAAAAUAUGUUGUCUGUCCCCUACAUGAGAAGCAUGAUGCAGUCACUAAGCCAGAACCCUGACCUUGCUGCACAGAUGCAGACUGCUGAUAAGUUAUUGGCAAUGUCAAACCCUAGAGCAACGCAGGCCUUGUUACAGAUUCAGCAGGGUUUAUGUCUCUAA